AUGUUUAUCGGUGGCUUGAACUGGGAAACCACAGAUCAAUCACUGAAAGAGUAUUUCUCACAAUUCGGCGAGGUGGUCGACUGUCAGGUUAUGCGCGACGGCGCUACUGGUCGUUCGCGUGGCUUUGGCUUCCUCACCUUCAAGGAUCCCAAGACUGUCAACAUUGUCAUGGUCAAGGAGCACUUUCUCGAUGGCAAGCUCAUCGAUCCCAAGCGUGCCAUCCCUCGCGAGGAGCAGGAGCGUACGGCCAAAAUCUUCGUAGGCGGUGUGUCCCAGGAGUGCACCGACCCCCAGUUCCUCGAAUUCUUCCAGAAGUUCGGCCGCGUGCUGGAUGCCACACUUAUGAUGGACAAGGACACUGGGCGCCCGCGUGGAUUCGGAUUCGUCACCUUCGACAGCGAUGCUGCCGUCGAUCGGACUCUGGAGCAGCCACUGGCGAUUCACGGAAAGAUGAUUGAGGUCAAGCGAGCGCAGCCGCGUGGCAACAUUCGCGAUGACAACGACAACAAGUUCGGAAGACAGAAUCGAGGCGGCGGCGGCAACUGGAACAACAACAACAACAACAACAACGACAACCAACAGAACCAACAAAACCAGCAGGGCCAGGGCGGGACGAACAACAUGAGCCCGGCGAUGAUGGCGCAAUACUGGCAACGCAUGCAACAGUACUUCCAGAUGAUGCAGCAGCAGAUGGCCAUGAACAGCGGCGGCAUGAACCCCAUGGCAGCCAUGCAGAACAACCCGAUCAUGCAACAGUACAUGAACCAGCAAGGCAUGAACCCAGCCAUGAUGCAACAAAUGAUGAGGCAACAGCAGCAGCAGCAGCAGCAAGGCUACGGAGGCGGAGCAGGGAGCCCCAUGCAAAACAAUUCCGGCAAUGAGGGUGCAAAUCAGCCUCCCUUCAACGCGCAGGAACAGCUCAUGUUCGAGCAGCAAAAGUACGAACGACAGCAAUCGGCGCGCGUGCAGCAGGGCAACUACCAAGGCGGCAACACGUGGGAGGGCAUGUACGACGAUGUGCCUGCUCCGUCCGGGGUGCAGGGUGGUGGGGGUCGUGGUGCCUUCGGAGGUGGUCGAGGGGGACGCGGAGGCAUGGGAUCGCAGAGCCCCGCGCCCGCGGGCCAGGCGCCGGCGAACGCACCGACGGGGCCGAAGAACGCGGGCUUGCCGGGCGCCAACUACCGCGGAGGCGGGCGUGGCGGUCGUCGUGGAUACCACCCGUAUGCUCGUGGCGGCGGAUAG